CACCCGUAUCCUGAGGCACCAUAAGUUGGGAUCUCCUCUGGAGACCAAUUCGAUCUCUUGCAAUUCAACUUAAGGGUUGGUUGUUCCAGCAUCCCUUCAGUGUUCCUUGUGCGUCGCACCUUUUCCACACCACUUUCCGGAAACAGUGCGCGCAGUUUUUUGUUAAAAGCCAUCUGCACCCACCAUGCGCCUCGAGGCAGAAACAAGCAUAGCGAAAGCCCCUUUCACAGCAAGCUCAAUUGACCCAAGAAAACAAAGAAAUGACGUUGGCCCAAUAUCGAAAUACAACACUGAUUCGGAGGUUGGAGAAGUCGAAGAGGUCGAUCCGAAAAAAGAACGGAAACUCGUCUGGAAGCUCGAUUUCAGCGUAAUGAUACUGAUAUUUCUGAUGUACUUUUUCAACAGCAUCGACCGCUCCAACCUGGGUAAUGCCAAAACAGACGGUAUGGAAGACGACCUCGAUUUCAAGGGCAACCAGUAUUCUGUCUUGGUCAUGGUCUUCUCCGUGACAUUCUGCGGAUUAUGCCUGCCGGCCAACCUUGUCACGCGCAAGUAUCAACCAAAGUGGUUCCUGAUCGCCUUCAUGGUGUCUUGGGGAACCAUGGCUAUGAUCUGCGCUGCGUGCAAGAACUUUGCGCAGAUGUUGGCAGUUCGAUUGCUUUUAGGUGUUGCUGAAGCUGGAUUUGCUCCAUGUUCGAUGUUUUACAUGAGCACAUUCUAUACCAGAGGCGAACUGGCUACCAGAUUCGCCAUUUGGUACACAGCUACCGUCAUUUCGGGCGCGUUUUCCGGAAUGAUAUCUUACGGUCUUUUCCAACUAGGUGGUCCCUUGCACGGCUGGCAAUACCUAUUCAUCGUCGAAGGUGGAUUGACUGUACUCGUGGCAACAUUUGCUGCUCUUAUUUUGCCUGAGGAUCCCUGGACGUGCCGCUGGCUGACAGAAGAAGAAAAGGCCAUGUGUAUAACUCGAGGGAAAAGAGACUCAUCUUCCAUUGUUGGCUCCGCAUGGAACUUCAGGGAAGGCAUGCAACCCUUUAAGUCUUGGCAAAUUUAUGCCUGGGCUGUAAUAGGGCUUUGCUAUGGCACUUCUGGCAAUGCCGUCGGAUCGUUCCUCCCGCAAAUAGUGCAGAUGAUGGGCUUCUCGACGCUCAAGACAAACCUAUAUACCGUAGCGCCAAACCUGGUCGGAGCUGUCAUACUCUUUAUGAUUGCACGAUCCAGUGACCACUUCCGUGAGCGGAGCGGACAUCUCAUCCUCUCACUGCUCAUAACGUUUGUGGGGUGGAUCAUUCUCAUUUGCGUGAAUCCGACAGAGCACAUUGCGCUCUCAUACUUUGCCUGUUUCUUGUUAUGUGGUGGAGCAAUGACACCCACAGUGUUGUUCCAUUCCUGGCACGCAAGCAACAUGCACACGGAGAAUGGAAGAAUCUACGUUAUGAGUUUCCUUACAGGCGCAGCUAAUUCCGGAGGUAUCGUUUCCAGUCUGGUCUUCCGGAACCAAGAUGCCCCACGCUACAUCUUGUUUCUGGUAACUUCUGCAUGCUUCGAGGGUAUGGGCAUGGUGUUGAUAUUGUUUUUGAGGUGCUGGAUGUUGUGGGACAACAGACGUAGAGAUCGUCUAAUGGGGGUAAAGACGGUUUCUAAGGAUGUCAGAUUGAGCGACUUGUCCGGAGGAACAAAUGACGUUCGUUGGAGAUGGUUCUUAUAAACAGUGGAAGACAACUGUAAAACUCACCAGUACUUCAUAGUUGCCUCAAAGCUCAUUGCAGCAAAUUUCCCAAUUCUACUCAGUUCUCGCCUUCCGAUAU